ACUGACAUGGCGGUCGGGAAGCUGAGCUUCACCAAGGCGGAGAGAGAGAAGCUGGCGGAGGUCCUCUGGCUUCUCAACUGGAUCUCCGUGCUGACGGGAGCGAUCCUGUUCGGUUUGGGCUUAUUCCUCAAAGUAGAGAUUCAGAAAUGGCAGGAAGUGAUGUCAGAGGGGACCCUCUAUGUGCCACAUAUGCUGAUCACCACGGGCCUGGCAGCCUGCUGCAUUAACUUCCUGGGUGGGAAGAUUUGUCUGGACUGCGCCGACACCAACAAGUUCCUGCGCUGGAAGCUGGUGAUGAUGCCGUACAUCAUCUGCACCUUCUUCUUCACCUCCUGCGUCCUGGCGGGGGCGCUCAUGUGCUACAGCAUCCGCAGCCAGCUGGAGGAGUCGCUGUCCCUGGGCUUGAGGAAGGCCAUGAAGUACUACAAAGACACAGACACACCAGGCCGCUGCUACCUGAAGAAGACUCUGGACUUGCUUCAGAUCCAGUUCCAAUGCUGUGGGAACUCUGGGUACCGGGACUGGUUCCAGGUCCAGUGGAUCAGCAACCGCUACUUGGACAUGACCAGCAGCAGCGUGGUGGACCGCCUGAGGAGUAACGUGGAGGGGAAGUACCUGACGGACGGUGUUCCCUUCAGCUGCUGCAGCACCUUGUCCCCUCGGCCCUGCAUCCAGCAGCACGUCAGCGACAGAUCGCUUCACUUUAACUACGACCAGCGCAGCCAGCAGCUGAACCUGUGGAGGAGAGGCUGCCGGCCAGCCCUGAUGGACCACUACACCGGCAUUAUGCAGUCCAUCGGCCUCACCGUGCUCCUCAUCUGGCUGUUCGAGCUGCUUGUUCUGACAGGAGUCCGCUACCUGCAGACGGCCAUGGAGAAUGUUCUCCGGCGGGGCGAUCCAGACUCAGAGGUUGAUGGUUGGAUUCUGGAGAACAGCCUGGCAGAAACAGCCCGUUACAACUUUAACAUCAUCAAGAACAUGGGGAAGUGUUACCAGGUCGAUCACGACCCAAACAUCAACAUCCCGACUGCCUCCGCCGAGCAAGAGGUGCCGUCCCGCCACGUCAAGAUCCCUGAGACCAGCUAACAUCUAGAGGAGUCCUCUGAAAGACCAGGACCAAACGGAACAGCCUUGCUCUGUUGAUGCCUCCUGAACUCAGACCCAGGUCCGGCUCCAGAAAGCUCCAAAGAGGAUCCAUGCUCUGGUCCUCGUACAUUUAGUAUUCGAUGACUUCCAAAUGUGAAGUUUGGAAAAUGUUCAGCUGCUGCGUCGGCUGCCUUCAGAUGAAAGGCAGAACUUCACAUUUUCACAAGGUUUUUAAAGCAUCCUGCGGUCCGCUGUGGGAAUCACAUGCAGCAGAAAUGUUUUCAUUUCCUGUUCUAAAUAUUUCUGAAUAUUUCUGGUCUAUAUGGUUUUGAAUGGAAAUUUGAGACUCCAGAAAGUUUUAUGAACCAAAUCACAGUAUGACUUCUUCUCUGGUGCUGCUGGAGGUCUUUGUGUCUUAAUGUGGGAUUUUUGAGUUGGUGCAGAGAAAUAAAGCCAAAGUGUGAAACACUGCAGUUCCUCAAAUGUCCACUAGAGGCUCCAACUGAGUGUCAGUCCCCAUAGACCUUAAAACAACAGCGUUGGUCUCUAAGGCUAACAAACCUGUUCACAACAACUGAAGGGCUGAAUAUAAUUAAAGAUUAAAGUUAGUCAAGAGGGCGCGGCCUCUUUGAGGUACAGGUGGGUGUGGUCUCAGGCCGCUAGCAGCGAGCUUAUAAUAAUAAUAAUGAGUCAGAAAAAAUCGAGUCAGUCAGGUUCCACUUCUCUCAACAGCAACAGCAUGUAUUCUUCUUAAAGGAACAGUCCAACAUUGGCUUAAUGAGAUGCAUCUAUAUGCAUGUGGUUAGCUUAGCUUAGCAUAAAGACUGAAGU